GUAACCGUCAACCAUAGUAGGAUUCGUAGUAGUAUGGUUUCUGUUUCCGCAUUCAAAUACGCUCAGCACAUAGAACAACAUGGCUGCUAUAGGCAGCAUAGUGAACAAUUUGGCUUGUUUCUGGAGACAGCCAUGUACCCGUACUUAUUUACCGCACUUGUUUAUUUGUAUUUCGUUUACAGGAUCGCUUUUGAAAAUGAUGGACCUCGUGCCGGAGAGCUACUUCAGUAGCAGUAGAAAUAUUUUAAAUCUAUAUUUUGUGAAAAUUUCUUGGGGAUGGACCAUUGUUUUGCUUCUGCCUUUCAUCAUUUACUCCAACUCCUUCAACAAAAGCCACACGUUUGUGUUGAGGCGGCUUACAUCACUACUGGUAGCAACCCUCAUUUGGUACACCUGCACUGAGACUUUUUUCUACAUUGAAGACAUUACAGGUUCAUGUUAUGAGUCAGACAACAUGCAAGUCAUCCAUGGUGACAUUACCACAAAAACUGCAUGCAAGAAGGCUGGAUUCAUUUGGGAUGGAUUUGACAUAUCAGGACACUCCUUCAUCUUGGCUUACUCUUCUCUUGUGAUUGUGGAGGAAAUGGUGCCCAUGUUACACAUAACUGAUGUUUACAGAAAAGCUCCUCUUGAUUUUCUGUAUAUAGCACUUAAUGCGAUUGUGGUCAUCUGGAUAUGGAUGUUUGGAUGCACUUCUGUGUAUUUCCAUGAUCUUAUUGACAAGAUUCUAGGGACCUUGUGCGGGAUAUUAGGGUGGUACGUGACCUAUGUUGUUUGGUACCCAUUUCGCUUUUCUCCAGGUCUCCCUCCACAGCAGAAACAACAUGCUUAGUAUGAGAACUAAGUGCACUACAACAAGCUUCACAUAUCUGUACUGUUUGUUUUGUGAGAUGUAUGAUGGGUUAGCCGACCAUGUGGUGCAGAAGGCAGCUGGUGUUCCUAAAAUGACAAUCUGUAAUCUGAGAAGUCCCAACUGAACCUUAUUGUUGCCUUCAAAAGUUUUGUGGCUUUAUACAGAGCUGGAAUAAUAAACUUGACAGUAAAUUUAGCUUGUACAUUAGUCUGCUGCUACAUUCUGUAAUUAACCUGUAAUCAUAAGCUGAGCUGCCUUUUAACAUUAAAUAUGUAGACUUUUUCCCCCUUGACACUAGUUUUAAUAUUUUUAUUGCGCUAUUUAUUGAUUAAUUUGGAGGUCAGAGAAUUAAAGCGCAAUACAUUUGUUAUAUUCUUGCAUUGUGUUUAAUAGGACCAUUUUAAGUGUUCUAGCUGCCUGAAGGCCAAACUGUUGUUCGUUCAAAUGUGCCAUUGUUAGACUCAUUAUUCGCAGUUGUCGUCAUUCCUCAUAUCACUGAUGAUAAAAAUCUGAUCAGUUUAUUUGUUAUUUCUUGGAAAAACCAAAAACGAUCUAAAAUGUACUGUUUGGAAUAUUGUAAGAAUGUCUGGGGACUGGAUUGUUGUUUGAGUGAUACAUUUAAAUUAAUAUUUAUCUGGUUAUAAGUAUUUUUUGCAGGUUUGAGGAGCAAUGCAAAUUUUCUAAAAUACAAAUGAUGGUUAUGGAGGACACAUCCAUUAGCCAUUUCAUCAUCAUUGCCAUUGCAAUAAUGCUUUGUGUAAUAUCAGUAUUUCAAAGAACGCAAACCAGACAUGUUAUUAUUGUGUUGAGUUAUUGUACUGUACCCAUUUCAACUGAUGUGAUGACAUGGACAUCUUGUUAGUGUAACAACAUAUCACUUUUAUUUAAUUCAUUAUGGUGUUUGUUUGAAUAAAUAAAUAUCUUUGGAUUGAGGA